AGAUCAGUUUUACGGAAAGGUUAAAAUAAUUUAGUGCCAGUUUUAAUUCGGCAACCGAAGUGUUCGUGCACUUAGCAGAAAAAUGUUUCGCUUUGUUUUCAUUAUGUCGCUGUAUUAUAUUUUAAGUUUUCAAAUAAGAUUUUCCUUCAGUCAAAGUAAGGAUACGAAUAAGAUUUGCGAUGGCAAUUGUGAUGUGCAAAUAGAUAUCGUUGCAAAAUUCAUAAAAACUCUCAGUUUCCCAUCGAACAUCGAGAAGCAGUUAGCCUCGAAUCGAACAUCCAAAUGGUCUAGUUGUAUGGAAGCAGCAGCAAAGAGCUGGAGGAGUGGUAUUUACAAAAUUCAGUUAGAAAAGAUAAAUAUCACCGACUUCGAGGUAUUUUGCGAAGAGGACGUUGAUUUCGGGGGAUGGAUAGUCAUUCAACGGCGCCAAAGUGGCUCGGUGGAUUUUUAUAGAACUUGGGAUGACUAUAAAGAGGGAUUUGGUGAGUUAAGGGGUAACUAUUGGAUCGGUUUGGAGAAAUUGUACGCGCUCACUAAUAGUUGUGAACAGGAGUUGUAUAUUCAAAUGAAAACACGUAAAGGGGGAAAAUACUAUGCAAAAUAUGCAGAGUUUCUUAUUGGUGACGAGUCAGAGAGCUACGCUUUAAAGAAACUGGGUAUUUAUAAUGGGAGCGCUGGCGAUUCCUUAAAGUAUCAUUCGGGAAGGAAGUUUUCAACUUAUGAUCGUGAUAGUGAUGAUUCUGCAGAUAAUUGUGCAAAUAAAUAUAAAGGUGGCUGGUGGUUUGGCGGAUGCUAUGCAAGUCAUUUAAAUGGAGUCUACGGAAAUGUUAAGGCGGGUGUACACUGGCUUGAGAUAGAAAUAGAUGAGUCUAUAGCAUUUGCGCAAAUGAUGAUACGUCCAACUCAAAAUUGCUGGAAACGGUUAAUGUUGAGCAAUUUACAUCGAGCAAGCUUCCAUUAACUACUACUGAAUUAUCGAAAUUAAUUAAACAAUAAACUUAAAUUCAAAUAUGUAACUAAA